CUUCCGCCAGACCACCGCAGCUCAGAUGCACUCGAGCUUCCAGUACCUGUCGACCCGCGGCGGCGACGAGCGCCUCUCGUUCGAGGAGGCCGUACUCCGCGGCCUCGCGCCCAACGGUGGCCUCUACAUCCCGGCCCACCUCCCGUCGCUCCCCGAAAACUGGCAGCACGACUGGGCCAAGCUGUCGUUCACCGAACUCGCCCUCGAGCUCUACUCGCUCUUCAUCGAGGAGCACGAGAUCCCGCGUGACGACCUGCGCGACCUCGUCGAGCGCUCGUUCGCCACCUUCCGCCACAAGGACGUGACGCCCCUCCAUCGCGUCGGCGACAAGGAGUUCAUCCUCGAGCUCUUCCACGGCCCGACGUUCGCGUUCAAGGACGUCGCCCUCCAGUUCCUCGGCAACCUGUUCGAGUACUUCCUCACUCGCCGCAACGCCGACAAGCCCGAGGGCCAGCGCGAGCGCCUCACCGUCGUCGGCGCCACCUCGGGCGACACCGGCUCCGCCGCCAUCUACGGCCUGCGCUCCAAGAAGGACAUCUCGAUCUUCAUCCUGCACCCCAAGGGCCGCACGUCGCCGAUCCAGGAGGCGCAGAUGACGACCGUCCUCGACGACAACGUGCACAACCUCGCCGUCACGGGCACGUUCGACGACUGCCAGGACAUCGUCAAGCACCUGUUCAACGACACCGAGUUCAACUCGCGGUACCACCUCGGCGCCGUCAACUCGAUCAACUGGGCCCGCAUCCUCGCCCAGACCGUCUACUACUUCGCCGCCUACUUUGCCGUCCAGCCCCAGAUCCCGUACGACGUCCUCGACCCGCAGAUCCAGUUUGCCGUCCCCACGGGCAACUUUGGUGACAUCCUCGCCGGCUGGUACGCCAAGCACCUCGGCCUCCCCAUGGCCCAGCUCGUCGUCGCGACCAACGCCAACGACAUCCUCGCCCGCUUCUGGAAGACGGGCCGGUACGAGAAGGCCGACUCGGGCGAGCCCGAGCACUUUUCGGACGACGAGGCCGACGACGACGACGAGGCGGGCGAGGGCCACGUCCACCAGCGGUACCCGAGCCUGACCGAGGACGAGGCGUUCAGGCGCCAGCAGGAGGCCGUCGCGCAGAACGUCGAGCAGAACGGCGCGAGCGACGGCAAGCAGGCCGACGGCGCGACGCCCUCGCGCUCGACGUCGCACGCCCGCGGCGCCAAGCGCGCCCCGCCGUCGGCCGGCACCGUCGCCGAGACGCUGUCGCCCGCCAUGGACAUCCUCGUGUCGUCCAACUUUGAGCGCCUCCUGUUCUACCUCGCGCUCGAGGGCACGACGGCCGGCGCGGUUGCGGCCGACGGCGAGGUCGACGGCGGCCAGGCGGCGCGCGUCCGCAUGGCGGCCGAGAACGUCAAGCUGUGGAUGGACAAGCUCAAGAGUGAGCACCGCGUCAAGGUGCCCCGGCGGGCCGUCGAGGCCGCCAGGCGCGACAUGAUCGCCGACCGCGCGAGCGACGAGGAGACGGCCGAGACGAUCAAGAAGUACUUCUCCAAGACGGACGAGUACGGCUCGUACGUCGCCGACCCGCAUACCGCCGUCGGCCUGUGCGUCGCCAACCGCGUCGCGAAGACCAACCCGGCCAACGUCAUCCAGAUCGUGCUCGCGACGGCGCAUCCGGCCAAGUUCGACUCGGCCGUCUCUGAAGCGCUCGAGGCCGAGCCUUCCUUCAACUUCAAGCGCGACGUUCUCCCGAAAGAGUUUGACGGCCUCCUCGAGCGCGAGAAGCGCGUCAUCGACUGCGACAACGACCCCGAGGCCGUCAAGCGCAUCGUCAAGGAGCACGUCGACAAGCUCUUUGCCAAGCCGGCGGUCGCGGCGUCGGGCCUCUGAGCGAGCGAGGGCGGGUCCGGCGCGAGCGAGGGCGGCUCUCUGUGUAGCGAGUAGAGUGGUGGCGGCGACGAUGCAUGCCUCUCAGUUCAUCCUC